CCAUUACGACGACAGCCACGACAUCCGACAAACGCAUGAGAACAGAAUCGAGUAUCUCUUUCGAACCCCCUUCCCUGCUGAGCACCUCUUGUGACAGCACAUACACCUCCGAGACUCUCCAUACAACCAUCUCCUGUUUGCCGCAUGCUCUGACGGGCUGCUCAGACUUCCUGCGCUCGGAUGGCGGCGCAAGGCCUCAGGAUCGACGGGAUCAGGAUCAGAGACUCCAAAGAUCGCGAAGUCACCUUCCGAGGCAUAAAUGUCGCUGGCGACAGCAAGUUUCCCCGCUACCCGGACCAGCCGUCUCAUGAGCCCAAGGGCUUCUUCGAGACAGACAACAUCUCUUUCGUAGGUCGACCAUUCACUGAAGACGAGGCACGUGUACACUUUGCACGACUGAAGAGAUGGGGAUAUAAUGUCAUACGGUACAUAUUCACAUGGGAGGCUUUGGAGCCUGCUGGCCCAGGUCAAUAUGACGAGGACUUCAUCGACCAUACCAUCAAAAUUUUGCGGAUAGCAAAGGACUACGGCAUGUAUGUAUUCAUGGAUCCUCAUCAGGAUGUUUGGUCAAGGUUCACUGGCGGCUCAGGCGCUCCCCUAUGGACUUUGCAUGCUUGUGGCCUAGAUCCCGAGACCUUUACCGCCAACCAAGCUGCGGUUGUCCACAACACCUGGCCCGAUCCCGCAAAGUUCCCUAAAAUGCUAUGGCCCACGAACUACACCCGAUUAGCCACUCAAGUCACGUUCACCUUGUUCUACGCCGGUCGAGACUUUGCUCCCAACGCAAUCAUAGACGGCAAGAACAUCCAGGACUACUUGACGGACCAUUUCAUUGCUGCUUGCGCUCAUCUAGCUCAGAAGAUACAUGAUGCUGGCGGACUGGAAGAUGAAUGCAUCAUUGGGUGGGAAACAAUGAACGAACCGCAUCGAGGACUAAUAGGAUGGGAAGACCUAGAUGCCCUCCCGGAUGACCUGAAGAUGAGAAAAGGAACAUGUCCUACACCGUGGCAAGCAAUGCUUACUGGAGCUGGACGUGCGGCAGAAAUUGAUGUCUAUGAUUUCAACACCUUUGGACCAUAUAGAAGUGGCAGGGAGUUGGUGGAUCCCGAAGGCGUCUCAGCCUGGCUGCCGAAAGACCGGGAUGACAGCAGAUACGGCUGGAAACGAGAUCCAGGUUGGAAGCUUGGGGAAUGUAUAUGGGCCCAGAAUGGAGUUUGGGAUCCAACCCAGGAUCAGUUGUUGAAAAAGGACUAUUUUUCCUCCAUCCCAAAGUCCGGUACGAAGCUAGACUACGAAAAGUUCACCAACCUAUACUAUAUGGACCACUAUCGAAAGUACCGAGACGCUAUCCGAGCCAUUCACAAGGACUGCAUCAUAUUGUUGCAGUCCGCAGUCCUCGAAAUACCUCCACGUAUCAAGGACACUCCUGACGACGAAAAGAGGAUUAUCUUUGCUUCGCACUAUUACGAUGGAAUCACUUUGAUCCAGAAACACUGGAACAAAUACUACAACGUGGACGUCUUUGGGCUGCUGCGGCAUAGGUACUCGAAUCCGGCGUUUGCAGUCAGAUUAGGCCAGACAGCCAUCCGCAACUGUUUACGAGACCAACUUAGAGCUAUACGUGACGAAGGAAUUGACCAUCUAGGCGAGCACCCGACAAUGUUCACGGAGAUCGGAAUACCGUUCGACAUGGACGAUAAGUAUGCCUACAAGACCGGGGACUACUCAAGUCAAACCUCAGCCCUGGAUGCAAAUCACUAUGCGCUAGAGGGAUCGGGAGCGCAAGGGUACACUCUUUGGACUUAUGUUGGACAGAACAAUCAUCAAUGGGGUGAUAUGUGGAACGGCGAAGACCUGUCGAUUGUGUCUCUUGAUGAUCAGCUUCUGCCCAGUAGCUCUUCAAUGUCUAGCCUCACCGCUGCAAAUCCGUCGACCACCUCCUUGGGCCAAAAGUCCGGCUCAUACUCUGGCACGACCUUAUCCGAGUCUUCAAUCGUCAAUCCUUCCAACUUAAGAGACGUGUUGAAGCACCCCGAGAUCGUUCAGAAGCCUUCUUCCGCACCUUCAGACCUCACUUCCAAUCCUGGACUCCGGUCAGCUGAAGCGUAUGUCCGACCAUCGCCCAUUGCCACAGUAGGUGAUGUGAUCAGCUAUGGCUUCGACUUGCGCAGUGUGACUUUCACCUUCCAAUUGAUCGCCGACCGCGCGACGAAGGAGGACAUUCCGACGGAAAUCUUUCUUCCCGAGUUCCACUGUCCAUCAGGCAAGACCACUGUCGAAGUCAGUGGCGGUAGAUGGAGGAUCGACGUUCUUGAUGUGGACGGCGAGAGCAUGCAAAUCAUGAAAUGGUGGCACGGUGUAGGCGAGCAGAGCAUGACCGUCAAGGGCGUCAAGAGAAAACCAGGUGCUUGGGAAGAAGAGGCAGAUGCUGAGGCCGGCUACCUAGAUUCCAUGAGAUCUACUGUCGAAAACUGCUCUGUGAUGUGAUGAGUUACGAAGGCGUGCGAAUGAGUCUAGCAACAAAUAAAGCUGGUUGGCGUUGGGGAUGGUGGGAGUUUGACGGCACUUCGCGAAAAGCCUUGUUUGUGGGAUUUUAGUGUUGGCAUGUUAAGCUCGCAAGCCUCAAAUAUGCCCAAUCGUUAAAACCUGGCGGGUGGAAGGCGUACUGUUUGCUCAGGAGGCAACUACCCGUUCUGUCGACAUUUCGUUACCGUUCUGCUCAUGAUCAUUCUCCUCACCAUCACUGCCAUCGGCCUUUGGCUUGCUCUCCUCCCUCAACUUGCCGCCUUUUCGCUUUGGGAUGACUCUCAUGAAAGCCUCUCCCCAGUCGCCAUACUCCAG